GAUAUUGGAUUUGUUUAGGGUGUAGCGCGUUAUGUAUGUUGAUUUCCUAGUGUUUUUCCCUUCCAGUGACACAAAAACCAUCUCUUGAGACAAGAGAUUCCGUCCUCCAAGUGCUGCUGAUUGAGUGAGCCAAUAUGUGGAUGCCCACCCAUGUCCAGCUCACCGUGCAACAAGCCAGAAAUCUGCUGGCCAAGGGCAAACAUGGGACUAAUAACUGUUUCGUGGUAAUGAGUCUGGGAAAGGAAAAGUACCAGACGUCGGUGAAGGAAAAAUCACCGCCCAACAUUGAAUGGCGCGAAGAAUGUGAACUCGCCAUCCCCAGCCAGGGCAACACGGCCCGCAUACAGCUGACCGUCCUGCAUCGUAACGUACUGGGCGUGGACGAGUUCCUCGGCCAGACCGCCAUCCCAUUGGCCGACUAUGACGUCUACGAGAGGCCCCGAAACAG